AUGGCAAAGGACCAAAUUCAGGUGCUAAAUGCACUUGAUGUGGCGAAAACCCAAUGGUACCAUUUCACUGCGAUCAUCAUAGCUGGUAUGGGCUUCUUUACUGACGCGUAUGAUUUGUUCUGUGUAUCGCUUGUCACGAAGUUGCUCGGCCGUAUAUACUACCAUGUUGAUGGUGCAGCGAAGCCGGGAACAUUGCCUCCGAAUGUAUCAGCGGCUGUAAAUGGUGUUGCAUUCAUUGGAACACUUUCAGGACAGCUUUUCUUUGGUUGGCUUGGUGAUAAGUUGGGUAGGAAAAAAGUAUAUGGCAUGACACUCAUGAUUAUGGUUAUUUGUUCAAUUGGUUCUGGCCUUUCUUUUGGACACACUCCAGAAACUGUCAUGGCAACUCUUUGUUUUUUCCGCUUCUGGCUUGGAUUUGGUAUCGGUGGAGAUUACCCGCUUUCGGCUACCAUAAUGUCAGAAUAUUCUAAUAAGAAAACUCGUGGUGCCUUCAUCGCCGCAGUCUUUGCCAUGCAGGGGUUUGGAAUUUUGGCAGGUGGUAUAUUUGCAAUCAUAAUAGCUUCUAUAUUCAAGGCCAAAUUUGAUUCUCCGUCGUACGCGGUUGAUCCACUUGGUUCAACGGUUCCACAAGCAGACUUCGUUUGGAGGAUAAUCGUGAUCGUAGGAGCAUUCCCAGCUGCAUUGACUUACUAUUGGCGGAUGAAGAUGCCAGAAACGGCCCGUUACACCGCUUUAGUUGCUAAGAACACGGCACAGGCAGCAGCAGAUAUGUCUAAGGUUCUACAAGUUGAGAUUCAAGCUGAACCAGAGGAAGAAGUGAAGGAGAAAUAUGGCUUGUUCACCAAGGAGUUUCUAAGUCGCCAUGGCCUACAUCUUCUCGGUACAACAAGCACUUGGUUCUUGCUUGAUAUAGCAUUUUAUAGCCAAAAUCUCUUCCAGAAAGAUAUCUUCAGUGCAAUUGGUUGGAUACCUCCUGCACAAACCAUGAAUGCACUUGAGGAGGUUUACAAAAUCGCAAGAGCUCAAACACUUAUUGCUCUCUGCAGUACAGUUCCAGGUUAUUGGUUUACGGUGGCUCUCAUUGACAGGAUAGGAAGAUUUAAAAUUCAAUUGAUGGGAUUUUUCUUUAUGACCGUGUUCAUGUUUGCGCUAGCCAUUCCUUAUGAUCACUGGACUCAUAAAGAUAACCGAAUUGGAUUUGUAGUAUUGUAUUCCUUGACGUUCUUCUUUGCAAAUUUCGGCCCUAAUGCUACCACAUUUGUUGUGCCGGCAGAGAUUUUUCCUGCCAGAUUCCGUUCUACUUGCCAUGGAAUAUCAUCCGCAACAGGAAAGCUUGGUGCUAUAGUUGGUGCAUUUGGGUUCUUGUACUUGGCACAAAACCCGGACAAGAGUAAAGCUGAUGCAGGGUACCCUGCAGGUAUUGGUGUGAAGAAUUCUCUGAUAGUGUUGGGUGUGGUUAACAUUUUGGGAUUCCUCUUUACUUUCUUGGUGCCUGAGGCAAAUGGAAAAUCACUGGAAGAGAUGUCAGGUGAGAAUGAAGAGGAGGAAGUUGGAAGCAAAGAUGUAGAGAAAUCUCAUGCUAACAACAACGGCACUGUUACACAUAUUUAG